UAAUAAGCUUAAUGGUUAUUAAGAAGAGGAAGGGCCAUGACCCUCCCAUCCUCACCCUCCCUUCAGUUUGGAAUCCCUCAGUCUCUCCCUUCUUCCUCGAAAACCACCGCAGAAAUCAUCCUCAGGGCCCUCCUAGGCCCGUCAUUCUCCUGCUCGGAAAAUACCAACGGCUUGCGUACCAUCCCCACCAGGCAGAUGAAGUUCGAGCUUCUCACCACGCGGACCAAGUUUUCUCUCCGGGGAUCUUGGAUGUGAAGCCACCUCGAGGAUUUCCCGCCACGCCCCACACCUCCCUGAGGACACCCUGUUCUCGGAGAAGCCCCCCCACCACCUCCCCAAACCCCUGCCCCAUAGGUCCCAGUGUGGAACGAGGAUUUCAAGCUCCAGUGACCGCCCCCCCCACCGCGCCGCUGUCCCCCAGGCCCCAGGAUGUUGCUCACUCACCGGGAGGCCUGGGGCACCUCGUUUCUUCACACCUGACCUUGACCACCUUUCCUAAGGACUCCGUGCUCCCCAUCAGCCUUCCCCAGGAAAGCUACUGUAUCAGUCAUAAGGAUAAAACCACAUUUCACCAAAGGUUCCGACUCUGGAAGCCUGCAGCUGCCCGGGGAAUGCUUUGCCUGCUCCCAGGAUCCACUUUUGUCCUUUCAAAAAUACAAACGGGCUCCACAGAAACACCUUUCGAUACAUGCGCUUUGAGCCCCCAUUUGCCUGUUCUGGAAGAGAAAAGGCAAAACUGCCGAGAGCCGCGCUUGGCUUUGACCCUCGGUCCGCUAGUUCACCCUGGUUUCUCCCCACCCCGCCGUCAUCCUCCCCUCCUGUGUGCUGUGCUAGGAAAACAGGGACCCAGCACUUCUCUGCCAGGCGGCGGUCCUGGGAGCAGAGCAAAGCUUUUCCUGCUUGCUGCCCCUGGUGUGACAGGAGGCUCACUCCUGUCUCUGCUGGAGCUGGGGUCCCUGAGACCCACUUCUCCCCGACUCCCUGAUGCGCCCCAGGUGAUAGGAUGCUUGUAACUGACCGCAGGAGGGUCCCUUCUAAGGACAUGCUCACGUUCCAAGAGAACAGCUCGUUUGACUUGAACGGGGAUCGGGAUGUUGCCUUGGUUCUUCGUUUGGAAUUUGAGGACCGCUAGGGAUGACCCACAAGGUUCUGCUUCUGCCGGGAGCACAUUCUCUCCUUCUGGUCAAGUUAGUGGUGUCAAGCAACCAGGCGUCUAAGGCAAGAGGAAGAUAAACAGGGUCCAGCCAUCGGGAUGGACACUUGGCAGGCUGCCUUUGGAGUCUUUCCCAUCAGCUGCAAACUGUAGGUACCUUUCUAUCUGCUAAUCUGCCUAGAGUAGAAGUAAGCAGGACCAAUAUACUUGUUUAGUCUUUGUUGGAAACUCAAAUAUAUUACAGUUUCCCAGCAUCUUCAGGCCACAGUUUUGUAACCAAAUAGAAGAUGUGAAGGGAUGUUCUGGAUCAAAGAACCUCCGGCCCUCACUUCCUAAUUCAGGUUCUGUCCCACGGUUGCUGGGCCCCGCCAGGCACGUCACAGAACAUCCGAGAGGCGAGGCGCCUGGCGGCCUCUGACCUCCCCAAGCUUGCGUCCUGAUGGGCCCAGCCUGGGUCACUGCUCAUGGCGACCCACCGUGGAGGCCACCGGUUGGAAAAUGUCGCCUGACUGUGACCACCACUCACCUCCUCUGUGGCCUUCAGCUUGGGUUUUCGACGUUGUUUCUGGGCUUCGCCUGCUCUAACUGGAGACUGCCACCCAGCCAAGCACCUCUGUCUGUCUCCCUUGGGACCCAUCAGUAUGCAACCUGCAUGUUGCACUUACCAGUUUAGAGACCGUGCCCUGCUUCCCCAGCACCGCCAUUAGACUAA